GUCAGCCAUUCAACCACUCUGUCUGAAAACGAUUACCACAAAUUCGCUAAUGUUUAUCUUAAUUCUUUGCUGGAGUAUCUUGAAGAACUUGGUGAUUCGAUCGACAUGGACGGAUUCGAUGUGGUCUAUUCGAGUGGAGUGCUUACACUUAAACUGGGCGAUCAUGGUAUAUUCGUCAUUAACAAACAACCACCGAAUAAGCAAGUGUGGUUAUCAUCGCCUGUAAGUGGGCCAAAACGAUAUGAUUAUGAAGCCAAAACAGGAAAGUGGAUUUAUGCACGAGACCAGCACUCGUUGGAGGAGGUGAUCAAUGAAGAGCUGUCGAAUAUGUUGCAACAAAAGGUGAAUUGGAAG